AUGCGUCGCGCCAUAAUCCAGAACCUGCGCACCUUCCGCCGACCUAACCCCCGGAAAGCACUCAAGCAACAACUCCGUAUCAACAACAGCUCAUACAAUGCCUCCUUCCAGCGCUCGAUAGCGAAUCGGACACCCCAACAGCAGAUCCAAUCGUCCAUGCGCUUCAGUCGGAGAGUCUCCACCCCGAUAGCGUUGGUCGGUGUGGGUGCAGCGGCGUAUUAUGUCUAUCAGCAGCGGAGUUCUGACGGUGGAGCUGCGGCAGCAUCGCCGACACUACCUGGACAGUCGCUAGUUUCGAGUCAAGGGAGGACGUAUAGUACUACUACUACUGCGAGUCCACAGGCACAGGCUACGGCUUCGAAUCAACCUGUUGAUAUCCCUGGACCUGGUGAGGUGCCAGAGGCUGUUAGAAAGGCUUUGAUCGUUGAUCAGGGUCAGCUGUAUACUGCACAGAUACCUGCCGAUCAGGUGAUCAGCAAGGAGACGUCCGACUAUUCGGGCAAGAAAGUACUGGAAAUGCUCACACCAGACCAAGCCACAGCCAAGUUACGGCGGAAUGAGGAGAGCUAUCUUGUCGGACGAGGAGAGGGAGUAGUCCGCUACGACGUCGUCCAAAUCCCCAGCAACGAUCCCAUCGAAGACGACCACGUGGAGAAAAUCGUCGAGGUCCCCAACACCAUCGCCGCCUCCGAAGACGGCAAAGCAAGAAGCGACUGGAUGUUCUGGGGCGUCUUCGACGGCCACGCCGGCUGGACCACCUCCGCCAAACUCCGCCAAACCCUCGUCUCCUACGUCGCCCGCGAACUAAACGCAACCUACAAAUCCGCCCUCGCCGACCCCGCUCUAAACUUCCCCCACCCUGACGCAGUCGACGCAGCGAUCAAAAAGGGCUUCCUCAAACUCGACAACGAAAUCACCCACAACAGCGCGCAAAAAGUCCUCAAAGCCCAGUCUAAAGUCGUCGCCGCCGAAAUCCUCGCACCAGCUUUAUCGGGUUCCUGCGCACUCCUAUCCUUCUACGACUCCCGUUCCAAACUCCUCCGCGUAGCCUGCACAGGCGACUCCCGCGCCGUCCUCGGCCGUCGCAGUACUGUGGGGAACGGGAAAUGGACGGCUACAGCUCUCAGUAUCGACCAAACCGGCGGGACGGAAAGCGAAGCUGCGCGCCUCCGAGCCGAACACCCCGGUGAACCGGGCGUGACGCAGAAUGGUCGGAUCCUGGGUGGGUUGGAGCCUAGUCGCGCCUUUGGCGAUGCGAUGUAUAAGUGGAGUAUGGAGGUGCAGCAGAAACUGCAUCGGAAUUAUUUCGCUCGGACCCCGAAUCGGAAUGUUAAGACGCCGCCUUAUGUUACUGCUGAGCCGGUUGUUACGACUACGAGGGUUGAUCCGACGAAGGGUGAUUUUGUGGUUAUGGCUACGGAUGGGUUGUGGGAGAUGUUGACGAAUGAGGAGGUGGUGGGGUUGGUGGGGCAGUGGCUUGAUCGGCAGGGUUCGAGUCUUCUCUCCUCUUCCUCGCAAAGUGGUAGGGCUACGUCUGCGUCUGUAAGUGCGGGCGGUUGGUUGCAGUCAUGGUUCUCCACGCAAAAGGCUUCAGCUCUUCCCAUCGAACAUCACGACAGCAAGGAGUCUUCCGGCCAACGCGCCCCGAUCCGCCAACAACAAUGGGGCGUUCCCACGGGUCAGGACACCCGUUUCGUCGUCGAGGAUAAAAACGCUGCGACGCAUUUGGUUAGGAAUGCCCUUGGUGGCAAGGACAGUGAUAUGCUUUCCGCUCUCCUCACUUUACCGGCGCCUUUUUCGAGGAGGUAUCGGGAUGAUUUGACGGUGCAGGUUAUUUUCUUUGGGGAGGGUGGGGGUGUGGAUGGGAAAGUCGAGUUGAAUUCUGAGGCGAGUGCGACGGCUGCUAAUGGAGGGAAGGGUUCUGGGGAGGUGAAGGCGAAACUAUAG